AGGGCAGCUGAUUUUGGCACACCUCUUCACAACGCAUCGAGCACAGCGUCAACAUUCACAUAACCAGCUGCACCAUGAAGUUCCACGGAGAGGAAACGCUUUGCUUUCUUUUGGCUGUCUUAUAUUUCUGUGUUGCAGCAGAACCUGGGGCGCCUCUCGUCCACACGGACCUUGGCAGCCUGAAAGGGGAGUAUGUGAGUGUAAAAGGAAAGGAGACGGGCGCCUAUGCCUACCUAGGUGUCCCAUUUGCCAAGUCACCUGUUGGCCCUGGUCUGAGACUGGCCCCACCCCAGAAAGUGGAGGGAUGGGAAGGAGUGAGAGAUGCCAGCAGGCAGCCACCAAUGUGCAUUCAACACCGACAGCUCCUUUUAGAUCUGCUGGAGAAAAUUGAUGGCAUAGCAGAAGAACUCCCGAAUAUUUCAGAGGACUGUCUUUACCUCAAUAUAUAUACUCCUGCAAACAGAGCUCAUGAUGCAAAGCUCCCAGUCAUGGCAUGGAUCCAUGGUGGAGGCUUUACUUUGGGAUCAGCUUCAGUCUAUGAUGGAUCCGCCCUGGCUGCUUACCAGGAUGUGGUUGUGGUGCUCAUUCAAUAUCGCUUGGGAGUUUUGGGCUUCCUCUCCACAGGCGACGAGCAUUUGUCUGGUAACUAUGGCCUGCUGGACCAGAUUGAAGCCCUCCGCUGGAUCCAAAAGCACGUUCACAACUUUGGGGGAGACCCAACCUCAGUCACCGUAUUGGGAGAGUCUGCUGGUGGAGUGAGCGUCUCCAUGUUGCUUCUGUCACCAUUAACUGAUGGCCUGAUCCAUCGAGCCAUUGCUGAAAGUGGCACUGCCGCCAUGGAUGCGUUGGUGUCAAAUGAUCCACUACCAGUAGCACAGGGUGUUGCUAAUACAUCUGGCUGUAGCAUUGAAAGCACACAGGCGAUUGCUGCCUGCAUGAGAAACCUGGAUAUUGACCCUUUUUUGACUCUAGCACAGGAUCCUACACUCAGAAUUACAAUACACACAGAUGGACAUUUCCUGACAAAAACAGUAUAUGAGCUCUUCAAGCAGCAUGAAAUUCAGAAUGUCCCAUUCAUGACUGGUGUUAAUGAUGAUGAAGGGGGCUGGUUAUUUCCUUCCUUCAUGGCUCCUCCAAACUGGACUGAAGGAAUAGACCGGGAGCAGGCUGCAAACAUAAUGUUGGCCUUCAACCCCACUCCCAAAGACUCCAUUGUCGCAGAUUUGAUGGUGGAGGAAUAUAUCGGAGAUGGUAAAGAUCAUGAGAAAACUAGAGAUGGUUUCACAGAGUUCUUUGGGGAUAUAUUGUUCACCAUUCCUGCCAUUAAGACUGCAAAUGCUCACAGAGAUGCAGGUGCCCGCGUGUACUUGUAUGAGUACCAACAUCCGCCUCAGUUCUUGAGAGCAAAAAGGCCAAGCUUUGUUCGAUGUGACCAUGGAGACGAAAUCGUGACAGUUUUGGGGCUUUGCUUUACCACAAAGCACUUUCGACUAAACGCCACAUGCCUCGAGGAGGAAGAGCAACUUAGUCAAACGAUGAUGGCCUACUGGGGCAACUUUGCUCGGACAGGGUCGCCUAAUGGUGACGGCCUUGCUCAUUGGCCAACAUAUGGAAAAGAAGAAAAGUACCUGGCAAUAAGUGCAAAGGAGCAAGUCAUUUCCCAGCACCUGAAGAAGGAUCGCUUCGUCUUUUGGACUCAGAUCCUCCCCGAGAAGGUUCGACUACAUCGGGAGAAGAUGGAGCACAAUGAACUUUAAGUGACUUGCAUUUUUUAAAAACUUUUUUUUUAACCUGCUCCCAUCAUUUUGCGCUGUUCUAUAAGUUUCAUGCGGGGAUUUGUCGGUUACAUACAGAAGUUGAUGAACUGAUUUUGAAUGUCUUUAAACAAGCAUGAUGCGUUCUGAGAACUGUGUACUCGUUCCUGGUCAGCUUCUCAAAAAUAUAACAUUUAAAUUAAAUAAAUUAAA